AUGGGCCGCCUUGAUCUUAUCUUUCUCCCCGAAACCGGUGCUUUCGUCGAUUUCCUUUCCGUCUUAUUUGCACCGCUUCGGAUGGAGUCAAGAAAGUGUUUUUGGUGCACAGAAGCAUCGUCUUCACUCAAUUCAGAAGGCAUUGAAUGCGCGCAUGUCAAAUUCGACUUCCUCUAUUCCGGCGAGUAUGAAGCCGAACUGCAGGCGACGGCGGGAGAGCUGGGCCAGGGUGAGAACGAUAUUGACGACGCUCCCCACCCGCUUUUAUGUUCCACGAGAGCCUCGAAGCUGGCUCAUGGGAUGGAGCGCUUCGACAUGUACGGAGAAGCAGCGGCGGCGUUGUGUUGCUUGGCAGAGCACUUCACACGCCGCGUUGAAUUUCCAAACAUGGCUGAAGAGCUCUACAACACGUGCGGCUAG